AUGAGCACACCAUUUGGCUUGGAUUUAGGUAACAAUAAUUCGGUACUGGCUGUUGCUAGAAAUAGGGGUAUUGACGUGGUUGUUAAUGAGGUAUCUAACAGGUCAACACCAUCCUUGGUUGGCUUUGGCCCUAGGAACAGGUAUUUAGGUGAAUCUGGGAAGACUAAACAAACGUCGAAUGUUAAAAACACAGUUGAAAACCUAAAAAGAAUCAUUGGUCUGAAGUUCAAGGAUCCUGAAUUCGAUAUAGAGAGCAAGUUUUUCACUUCAAAGUUGGUGCAAAUGAAAAAUGGUAAAAUUGGCGCUGAAGUCAAGUUCGGCGGUAAAACACAUAUAUUUUCAGCUACCCAGUUAACUGCCAUGCUCAUCGAUAAAGUUAAGCAUACUGUCCAGCAGGAAACGAAAUCAUCAAUUACCGAUGUUUGUCUUGCGGUUCCUGUAUGGUAUUCUGAAGAACAACGUUAUAACAUUGCGGAUGCUGCUAGAAUUGCAGGAUUAAAUCCUGUAAGAAUCGUUAAUGAUGUUACCGCAGCUGCAGUUUCGUAUGGUGUUUUUAAGAAUGAUCUGCCUGGUCCUGAAGAGAAGCCAAGAAUUGUUGGCUUCGUGGACAUUGGGCACUCUACCUAUACCUGCUCUAUCAUAGCAUUCCUCAAAGGUGAAAUGAAAGUACUGGGUACUGCUUAUGACAAACACUUUGGGGGUAGGGAUUUCGAUCGUGCAAUCACGGAACAUUUUGCUGAUCAAUUUAAGGAUAAGUACAAGAUUGACAUUAGGCAAAACCCAAAAGCUUACAACAGGAUCUUGAUUGCUGCUGAAAAAUUGAAAAAAGUGCUUUCCGCUAACACUACUGCCCCUUUCUCCGUUGAAUCUGUUAUGGACGAUAUCGAUGUUUCCUCUCAGUUGAGUCGUGAAGAACUGGAAGAAUUAGUAAAGCCUUUGUUAGAACGUGUGACGGAUCCGAUAUUCAAUGCCUUAUCUCAGGCUAAGUUGACCGUCAACGAUAUUGACUUCGUAGAAAUAAUUGGCGGCACGACACGUAUUCCGAUUUUGAAGAAGUCCAUUUCUGAUGCUUUUGGUAAACCUUUGUCGUCUACUCUAAACCAAGAUGAAGCUGUUGCUAAAGGAGCCGCUUUCAUAUGUGCCAUCCAUUCACCUACUUUAAGGGUGAGACCAUUCAAGUUUGAAGAUAUUGAUCUGCAUUCAGUGUCUUACACUUGGGAUAAACAGGCUGAAGAAGAGGAUCACUUGGAAGUGUUUCCUGCUAAUUCUUCAUAUCCAUCGACAAAAUUAAUCACUUUACAUCGUACUGGCGACUUCCACAUGGAAGCGAGAUACACUGAUCCUUCAAAACUACCAAAAGGUACAUCUUCGACUAUUGCCAAGUGGAAAUUUACGGGAGUUAAUGUUCCUAAAGGUCAAAAUUUUGUUCCUGUGAAGGUGAAGUUGAGGUGUGACCCUUCCGGCUUGCAUAUUAUCGAGAACGCUUACACACUAGAAGAUAUAACGGUUCAGGAGCCAGUACCUUUACCGGAGGAUGCACCAGAAGACACUGAGCCCCAGUUUAAGGAAGUAACUAAAACAGUCAAGAAGGAUAUGCUAGGCAUGACAGCGGAAACCUUUGCGCUAAAUCCAGUUGAACUGAAUGAAUUAAUUGAAAAAGAGAAUGAAUUAACAAACCAAGAUAAAUUGGUCGCAGAAACCGAGGAACGCAAGAAUACUCUCGAAGAGUAUAUUUAUACUCUUCGUGCCAAACUUGAUGACGAAUAUUCUGAUUUUGCAUCUGAUGCAGAAAAGAAAAAACUAAAGAAAAUGUUAACUAACACUGAAGAUUGGUUAUACGAGGAUGGUGAAGAUUCCACUAAGGCAAAGUACAUUGCCAAAUAUGAGGAAUUGGCAUCGUUAGGAAACGUUAUCAGAGGCAGGUAUUUAGCAAAUGAGGAAGAGAAAAGACAGGCACUGAGAGCGAAUCAAGAAAUUUCCCAAAUGAAUGAUCUCACUGAAAAAUUGGCCGAACAAAGAAAAGCAGAAGCUGUGAGUGAUGAUGACGAUGAAGACAAUGAUGAAAAUAUGGACCUUGAUUAA